AUGGUGAUUGCUUCAUCAAAACCAUCCUACAAUGACCUCCUCACCAUCAAACGCUCCUCUACCAGACACAUCUCUUCACACCCUAAUGAUCGUAUAGAAAUCGAAAAUUGGGUUGGAGAGUGGAAAUCGCAAGCUCGCAAGAAAAACCGAGCAGCACAAGACGGUAUUGGCAAGACUGAGAGAAAAAAGACACUCGAAGGGUCUGCUCGUGUAGUCGCCUUGGCAAUCACCACCAAUCUCAUCAUGUUCACCGGCAAGCUAUACGGCGCAAUGUCCUCUGGUUCUGCUAGCAUGUAUUCUGAAGCUCUACACUCGUUGGCUGAUGUUUUGAAUGAAUGUAUUUUGAUGGUCGGCAUAUGGAGAUCACUGCGAGACCCGGAUCCUGCUCAUCCAUAUGGGUUUGCAAUGGAGAGAUAUGCAUGGGCCCUAGUAUCGGGUAUGGGUAUCUUCUUCUUGGGAGGAGGUGUUUCACUCUACCAUGGAGUGUCUGGCUUACUAGGAUCACACAUUAUUGGUGAUCCAACCGCUGCUUGGUAUGCGCUAGGAGGUUCCCUCGUCUUUGAAGGAGCUACAUUUACCUACGCUCUGAGACAUAUUACAAGAGAGGCUAAAGCCGCAGGAGUUUCAGUCAAGGAAUACAUUCAACGGGGUGCGGAUCCAACUUCAGUCCAAGUGCUGGUAGAAGAUUGUACUGCAGUCACCGGUGUUGCCUUGGCUGGGAUCUGUCUGUCUCUCGCAAAAUAUCUCGACCUAUCAUGGAUUGACUCGGCUGGGUCCAUUGGAAUUGGCGUCUUACUAGGAUCAGCUGCAUUAUUCCUCAUAAGACGUAACAUUUCUGCACUGGUUGAAACCUCCAUGCAUCCACAAAGGCAAAAGGAGAUUGUGUCCAUACUUGAGCAAGAUCCGGUGGUCACCUCAGUGCACGAUGUAAAGUCGACCACAUUGGGUCCUGAAUGGGUCCGGUUCAAGGCUGAAAUCUUGUUUAAUGGCGAGGAAAUCACUAGGAGGUUGAUACAGAGAAAUCCACUGUUAACCAGUCGUGAACUGGAAAAAUUGAAGAAUAUUGUAGCAAUGGAUCGAAAACAGUCAGAUAAAGAAUUAGACAAAGAAUUGGAGCAAUGGAUGAUUGAAUCUGGAGGAAAGGUGAUCUCUGGACUUGGAUGGGAGGUAGACAGACUAGAGAAGGAUAUCAAGGAAAAAGUGCCAGAGGCAAAGCACGUUGAUUUAGAGGUACUUUAA